UUUUCGACUUGUAUAGUGAUCAGUUUUAUGGGAACAUUCAGGCUAGAAUCGUUGAGAAUAUGGAUUAGUCAUCCGAGGAAUCGUAGGAACAUGCAGUCAGAUUUGCUUACCUUCACAUUACUUUCCAUCGUUACUGUUGGUAUGGUAACUGUUUGUCUUUUAGGUAUGCAAUAUUUCGUUAUCGAAGGAAAGAAAAUCGGAAUUUCGAAGCUCUGGACCAGAACGGCGGUACGGUUCUUCCUCACCAUUGUUGUAAUAGGCUACAUUACCACGGUAUAUUUAAUGGGAAAAGAGCAGGUGUCGCCCUGGUACAGGUGGUGGAAGAGUACCGUGAACGUCAGGCUUAUCAUGGACCCUCAGUUAUUCAGGCGAUCCUCGAACGAAUCGUUUCAAGGAUUCGAAUCUCAAACGACAGGUGAUUCUGCUUUGAGUAAUGUCAGGCGCAGCAAUACUAGUCCACAUCCAGAAUGA